GUGAUCAACGGCGCGGGCCACCAUGUUUAUGCUGACCAGAAGGAAGUUUUCAAUGAUGUACUAUGUAAAUUGUUCGAUAAAAUUGACGCCAAAGGCGACAUUAUUCCGAAAGAAGAAAAAAAGAAAGAGCCAAAACAUACAUUUUCACUUUCGGAUAUGUAGCGCUGCUUCUAUUAGUUUACUGAAUUUGUGA